AUGUUUAAUCUUUCUUGUCUUGAUAAAAGAAACCUAGCGUGCUGGGAAAAGACAUGCCAUACCGCCACUUGGUCAAAUUCACAGACCAAGGCAAACCGACCGCCAGAGCCCGAUAUGUUGCAGCUUGCCUCGGUCUUCCACGACAGUUUGAAUCGUCUGGUGUUACCCCUCUGCUCUAUGAUGACCGACAGGCCGAACCCUUUGGUACCAAUCACCAGCUCCAUAUAUCUCGUGGACGCAUCCGGCUUGGGAUUGAAGCAGGGAUGGAGCUUAAGAUACUUUGCCCAAGAAAUCAGUUGGUUGCUAUCAACAUGUUAUCCGGAGACCAUCCAGCGCGUCUUUGUGUGUAAUGCUCCCUCGUAUUUUUCCACGAUCUGGAAAUAUUUGAAAUCGUGGGUCGACCCAAAUACGGCAGAGAAGAUUGUGGUGCUCAGUAGCCCGGAGGUCUUACCCACCCUUGAGGAGUACAUCGAUAAUAGCAACAUUCCGACUGCAUUUGGCGGUGGUUUUUCCUUCAGGCACGGAAUGCUACCAGAGCUAGAUGAUAAUAUCUGGCGGCAUUUCAGCUGGAGACUCCCAAGUCGCCCUCUGCCUCCUGGGCCCAUCAAGUGGAUCGAGAUAGCGGAUGGUCGGAUAACGGCACUCGCUGUUGGUGGCGAAGCAGGGUCUAAGAGAACUGAAACGAUUGCGACCUUAGAUCCUGUUAAAAACUGA